GUUUUCUGAUAUAUGUUGGGUACCAUAGAGUGAAUCUCAGAACAGGAAGCGGAGGCAUAAGAGAGAGGAUUCUGGAACGGUCUCUUUGUUUUCUUGUCCACAGAGAAAGAAAGAAAAAAAGAUUGUAAUUAAUUUGUAAACCUCUGUGGUCAAAAAAAAAAAAAACUGAACAGCUGCAGAGGAAGACACGUUAUACCCUAACCAUCUUGGAUGCUGGGCUUUGUUAUGCUGUAAUUCAUAAGGCUCUGUUUUAUCAGAUCAUGGAGCAAGAAAGCUGAAGCCAAGCCACGUCAAAGUUUGUCAGGGAUGAGAUAACCGUCAAGGAUUCAUAGUAGAGCGGCCUACUGGGAAAGGAGCAAAGAAUCUCUUCUAGGGAUAUUGUAAGAAUAAAUGAGAUAAUUCACAGAAGGGGCCUGGAGCUUUUCCGGGAAAAGGUGCUGUGACUAAGGCAAUUCAUAUGCAAGAAGCUACACGUAAUUAAAUGUGCAGGAUGAAAAGAUGGCACAGGCACUGUUGGUACCCCCGGGACCUGAAAGCUUCCGCCUUUUUACUAGAGAAUCUCUUGCUGCUAUCGAAAAACGUGCUGCAGAAGAGAAAGCCAAGAAACCCAAAAAGGAACAAGAUAAUGAUGAUGAGAACAAACCAAAGCCAAAUAGUGACUUGGAAGCUGGAAAGAACCUUCCAUUUAUUUAUGGAGACAUUCCUCCAGAGAUGGUGUCAGAGCCCCUGGAGGAUCUGGACCCCUACUAUAUCAAUAAGAAAACUUUUAUAGUAAUGAAUAAAGGAAAGGCAAUUUUCCGAUUCAGUGCCACCUCUGCCUUGUAUAUUUUAACUCCACUAAACCCUGUUAGGAAAAUUGCUAUCAAGAUUUUGGUACAUUCUUUAUUCAGCAUGCUUAUCAUGUGCACUAUUUUGACCAACUGCGUAUUUAUGACCUUGAGUAACCCUCCCGACUGGACAAAGAAUGUAGAGUACACAUUCACUGGAAUCUAUACCUUUGAGUCACUUAUAAAAAUCUUGGCAAGAGGGUUUUGCUUAGAAGAUUUUACAUUUCUUCGUGAUCCAUGGAACUGGCUGGAUUUCAGUGUCAUUGUGAUGGCAUAUGUGACAGAGUUUGUGGACCUGGGCAAUGUCUCAGCGUUGAGAACAUUCAGAGUUCUCCGAGCAUUGAAAACAAUUUCAGUCAUUCCAGGUUUAAAGACCAUUGUGGGGGCCCUGAUCCAGUCGGUGAAGAAGCUUUCUGACGUCAUGAUCCUGACUGUGUUCUGUCUGAGCGUGUUUGCUCUCAUUGGGCUGCAGCUGUUCAUGGGCAACCUGAGGAAUAAAUGUUUGCAGUGGCCCCCAAGCGAUUCUGCUUUUGAAACCAACACCACCUCCUACUUUAAUGGCACAAUGGAUUCAAAUGGGACAUUUGUUAAUGUAACAAUGAGCACAUUUAACUGGAAGGAUUACAUUGGAGAUGACAGUCACUUUUAUGUUUUGGAUGGACAAAAAGACCCUUUACUCUGUGGAAACGGCUCAGAUGCAGGCCAGUGUCCAGAAGGAUACAUCUGCGUGAAGGCUGGUCGAAACCCCAACUAUGGCUACACAAGCUUUGACACCUUUAGCUGGGCUUUCCUGUCUCUAUUUCGACUUAUGACUCAAGACUACUGGGAGAAUCUUUACCAGUUGACAUUACGUGCUGCUGGGAAAACAUACAUGAUAUUUUUUGUCCUGGUCAUUUUCUUGGGCUCAUUUUAUUUGGUGAAUUUGAUCCUGGCUGUGGUGGCCAUGGCCUAUGAAGAACAGAAUCAGGCCACAUUGGAAGAAGCAGAACAAAAAGAGGCUGAAUUUCAGCAGAUGCUCGAACAGCUUAAAAAGCAACAGGAAGAAGCUCAGGCAGUUGCGGCAGCAUCCGCUGCUUCAAGAGAUUUCAGUGGAAUAGGUGGGUUAGGCGAGUUGUUGGAAAGUUCUUCAGAAGCAUCAAAGUUAAGCUCCAAAAGUGCUAAAGAAUGGAGGAACCGAAGGAAGAAAAGAAGACAGAGGGAGCACCGUGAAGGAAACAAUAAAGGAGAGAGAGACAGCUUUCCUAAAUCCGAAUCUGAAGACAGUGUCAAAAGAAGCAGCUUCCUUUUCUCCAUGGAUGGAAACAGACUGACCAGUGACAAGAAAUUCUGCUCCCCUCAUCAGUCUCUGUUGAGUAUCCGUGGCUCCCUGUUUUCCCCAAGACGCAAUAGCAAAACAAGCAUUUUCAGUUUCAGAGGUCGGACAAAGGAUGUUGGAUCUGAAAAUGACUUUGCUGAUGACGAACACAGCACAUUUGAAGACAGCGAAAGCAGGAGAGACUCACUGUUUGUGCCGCACAGACAUGGAGAGCGACGCAACAGUAACGUUAGUCAGGCCAGUAUGUCAUCCAGGAUGGUGCCAGGGCUUCCAGCAAAUGGGAAGAUGCACAGCACUGUGGAUUGCAAUGGUGUGGUUUCCUUGGUGGGUGGACCUUCAGCUCUAACGUCACCUACUGGACAACUUCUCCCAGAGGGCACCACCACUGAAACGGAAGUCAGAAAGAGAAGGUUAAGUUCUUACCAGAUUUCAAUGGAGAUGCUGGAGGAUUCCUCUGGAAGGCAAAGAGCCAUGAGCAUAGCCAGCAUUCUGACCAACACAAUGGAAGAACUUGAAGAAUCUAGACAGAAAUGUCCACCAUGCUGGUAUAGAUUUGCCAAUGUGUUCUUGAUCUGGGACUGCUGUGAUGCAUGGUUAAAAGUAAAACAUCUUGUGAAUUUAAUUGUUAUGGAUCCAUUUGUUGAUCUUGCCAUCACUAUUUGCAUAGUCUUAAAUACCCUCUUUAUGGCCAUGGAGCACUACCCUAUGACCGAGCAAUUCAGUAGUGUAUUGACUGUAGGAAACCUGGUCUUCACUGGGAUUUUCACAGCAGAAAUGGUUCUCAAGAUCAUUGCCAUGGAUCCUUAUUACUAUUUCCAAGAGGGCUGGAAUAUCUUUGAUGGAAUUAUUGUCAGCCUGAGUUUAAUGGAGCUUGGUCUAUCAAAUGUGGAGGGAUUGUCUGUACUGCGAUCAUUCAGACUGCUUAGAGUUUUCAAGUUGGCAAAAUCCUGGCCCACACUAAAUAUGCUGAUUAAGAUCAUUGGCAAUUCUGUGGGGGCUCUAGGAAACCUCACCUUGGUAUUGGCCAUCAUCGUCUUCAUUUUUGCUGUGGUCGGCAUGCAGCUCUUUGGUAAGAGCUACAAAGAAUGUGUCUGCAAGAUCAAUGAUGACUGUACACUCCCACGGUGGCACAUGAACGACUUCUUCCACUCCUUCCUGAUUGUGUUCCGCGUGCUGUGUGGAGAGUGGAUAGAGACCAUGUGGGACUGUAUGGAGGUUGCUGGCCAAACCAUGUGCCUUAUUGUUUUCAUGUUGGUCAUGGUCAUUGGAAACCUUGUGGUUCUGAACCUCUUUCUGGCCUUAUUGUUGAGUUCAUUUAGCUCAGACAACCUUGCUGCUACUGAUGAUGACAAUGAAAUGAAUAAUCUGCAGAUUGCAGUAGGAAGAAUGCAAAAGGGAAUCGAUUACGUGAAAAAUAAGAUACGGGAGUGUUUCCGAAAAGCCUUUUUUAGAAAGCCAAAAGUUACAGAAAUCCAUGAAGGCAAUAAGAUAGACAGCUGUAUGUCCAAUAAUACUGGAAUUGAAAUAAGCAAAGAGCUUAAUUAUCUUAGAGAUGGGAAUGGAACCACCAGUGGUGUAGGUACCGGAAGCAGUGUUGAAAAAUACAUAAUCGAUGAAAAUGAUUAUAUGUCAUUCAUAAACAACCCCAGCCUCACUGUAACAGUGCCAAUUGCUGUUGGAGAGUCUGACUUUGAAAACUUAAAUACUGAAGAGUUCAGCAGUGAGUCAGAACUAGAAGAAAGCAAAGAGAAAUUAAAUGCAACCAGCUCAUCUGAAGGAAGCACAGUUGAUGUUGCUCUACCCCGAGAAGGUGAACAAGCUGAAAUUGAACCCGAAGAAGACCUUAAACCAGAAGCUUGUUUUACUGAAGGAUGUAUUAAAAAGUUUCCAUUCUGUCAAGUAAGUACAGAAGAAGGCAAAGGAAAGAUCUGGUGGAAUCUUCGGAAAACCUGCUACAGCAUUGUUGAGCACAACUGGUUUGAGACUUUCAUUGUGUUCAUGAUCCUUCUCAGUAGUGGUGCUUUGGCCUUUGAAGAUAUAUACAUUGAACAGCGAAAGACUAUCAAAACCAUGCUAGAAUAUGCUGACAAAGUCUUUACCUAUAUAUUCAUUCUGGAAAUGCUUCUCAAAUGGGUUGCUUAUGGAUUUCAAACAUAUUUCACUAAUGCCUGGUGCUGGCUAGAUUUCUUGAUUGUUGAUGUUUCUUUGGUUAGCCUGGUAGCCAAUGCUCUUGGUUACUCAGAACUCGGUGCCAUCAAAUCAUUACGGACAUUAAGAGCUUUAAGACCUCUAAGAGCCUUAUCCCGGUUUGAAGGCAUGAGGGUGGUUGUGAAUGCUCUUGUUGGAGCAAUUCCCUCUAUCAUGAAUGUGCUGUUGGUCUGUCUCAUCUUCUGGCUGAUCUUUAGCAUUAUGGGUGUGAAUUUGUUUGCUGGCAAGUUCUACCACUGUGUUAACAUGACAACGGGUAACAUGUUUGACGUUAGUGAUGUCAACAAUUUGAGUGACUGUCAGGUUCUUGGCAAGCAAGCUCGGUGGAAAAACGUGAAAGUAAACUUUGAUAAUGUUGGCGCUGGCUAUCUCGCACUGCUUCAAGUGGCCACAUUUAAAGGCUGGAUGGAUAUUAUGUAUGCAGCUGUUGAUUCACGAGAUGUUACGCUUCAGCCUAUGUAUGAGGAAAAUCUGUACAUGUAUUUAUACUUUGUCAUCUUUAUCAUCUUCGGGUCAUUCUUCACUCUGAAUCUAUUCAUUGGUGUCAUCAUAGAUAACUUCAACCAGCAGAAAAAGAAGUUUGGAGGUCAAGACAUCUUUAUGACAGAGGAACAGAAAAAAUAUUACAAUGCAAUGAAGAAACUUGGAUCCAAGAAACCUCAGAAACCCAUACCUCGCCCAGCAAACAAAUUCCAAGGAAUGGUCUUUGAUUUUGUAACCAGGCAAGUCUUUGAUAUCAGCAUCAUGAUCCUCAUCUGCCUCAAUAUGGUCACCAUGAUGGUGGAAACCGAUGACCAGGGCAAAUAUAUGACCCUAGUUUUGUCCCGGAUCAACCUAGUGUUCAUUGUUCUGUUCACUGGAGAAUUUGUGCUGAAGCUCGUCUCCCUCAGACACUACUACUUCACUAUAGGCUGGAACAUCUUUGAUUUUGUGGUGGUGAUUCUCUCCAUUGUAGGUAUGUUUCUGGCCGAGAUGAUAGAAAAGUAUUUUGUGUCCCCUACCCUGUUCCGAGUGAUCCGUCUUGCCAGAAUUGGCCGAAUCCUACGUCUGAUCAAAGGAGCAAAGGGGAUCCGCACGCUGCUCUUUGCUUUGAUGAUGUCCCUUCCUGCGUUGUUUAACAUCGGCCUCCUGCUCUUCCUGGUCAUGUUCAUCUACGCCAUCUUUGGGAUGUCCAACUUUGCCUAUGUUAAAAAGGAAGCUGGAAUUGAUGACAUGUUCAACUUUGAGACCUUUGGCAACAGCAUGAUCUGCUUGUUCCAAAUUACAACCUCUGCUGGCUGGGAUGGAUUGCUAGCACCUAUUCUUAAUAGUGCACCACCCGACUGUGACCCUGACACAAUUCAUCCUGGCAGCUCAGUUAAGGGAGACUGUGGGAACCCAUCUGUUGGGAUUUUCUUUUUUGUCAGUUACAUCAUCAUAUCCUUCCUGGUUGUGGUGAACAUGUACAUCGCGGUCAUCCUGGAGAACUUCAGUGUUGCUACUGAAGAAAGUGCAGAGCCCCUGAGUGAGGAUGACUUCGAGAUGUUCUAUGAGGUUUGGGAAAAGUUUGAUCCCGAUGCGACCCAGUUUAUAGAGUUCUCUAAGCUCUCUGAUUUUGCAGCUGCCCUGGAUCCUCCUCUUCUCAUAGCAAAACCCAACAAAGUCCAGCUCAUUGCCAUGGAUCUGCCCAUGGUCAGUGGUGACCGGAUCCACUGCCUUGAUAUUUUAUUUGCCUUUACAAAACGUGUUUUGGGUGAGAGUGGAGAGAUGGAUGCCCUUCGAAUACAGAUGGAAGACCGGUUUAUGUCAUCAAACCCCUCCAAAGUCUCUUAUGAGCCUAUUACAACCACUUUGAAACGUAAACAAGAGGAGGUGUCUGCCGCUAUCAUUCAGCGUAAUUUCAGAUGUUAUCUUUUAAAGCAAAGGUUAAAAAAUAUAUCAAGUAACUAUAACAAAGAGGCAAUUAAGGGGAGGAUUGACUUACCUAUAAAACAAGACAUGAUUAUUGACAAAUUAAAUGGGAACUCCACUCCAGAAAAAUCAGAUGGGAGUUCCUCUACCACCUCUCCUCCUUCCUAUGAUAGUGUAACAAAACCAGACAAAGAAAAGUUUGAGAAAGACAAACCAGAAAAAGAAAGCAAAGUAAAAGAGGUCAGAGAAAAUCAAAAGUAAAAAGAAACAAAGAAUUAUCUUUGUGAUCAAUUGUUUACAGCCUAUGAAGGUAAAGUAUAUGUGUCAACUGGACUUCAAGAGGAGGUCCAUGCCAAACUGACUGUUUUAACAAAUACUCAUAGUCAGUGCCUAUACAAGACAGUGACCUCUUUGUCACUGCAACUCUGUGAGACAGGGUAUCAACAUUGACAAGAGGUUGCUGUUUUUAUUACCAGCUGACACUGCUGAGGAGAAACCCAAUGGCUACCUAGACUAUAGGGAUAGUUGUGCAAAGUGAUCAUUGUAACUACACCAAACACCUUUAGUACAGUCCUUGCAUCCAUUCUAUUUUUAACUUCCAUGUCUGCCGUAUUUUUACAAAAUUUGUUCUAGUGCAUUUCCAUGGUCCCCAAUUCAUAGUUUAUUCAUAAUACUAUGUCACUAUUUUUGUAAAUGAGGUUUACGUUGAAGAAACAGUAUACAGGAACCCUGUGGUCCUAUUCUACAAGUCUCUCAAAUGAUCAGACAAAAGUGUUUUACCAGAGAGAUAAAAUUUUUGCUCAAAACCAGAAAAAGAAUUGUAAUGGCUACAGUUUCAGUUACUUCCAUUUUCUAGAUGGCUUUAAUUUUGAAAGUAUUUUAGUCUGUUAUGUUUGUUUCUAUCUGAACAGUUAUGUGCCUGUAAAGUUUCCUCUAAUAUUUAAAGGAUUAUUUUUAUGCAAAGUGUUCUGUUUCAGCAAGUGCAAAUUUUAUUCUAAGUUUCAGAGCUCUAUAUUUAAUUUUGGUCAAAUGCUUUCCAAAAAGGUAAUCUAAUAAAUCCAUUCUAGAAAAAUAUAUCUAAAGUAUUGCUUUAGAAUAGUUGUUCCACUUUCUGCUGCAGUAUUGCUUUGCCAUCUUCUGCUCUCAGCAAAGCUGAUAGUCUAUGUCAAUUAAAUACCCUAUGUUAUGUAAAUAGUUAUUUUAUCCUGUGGUGCAUGUUUGGGCAAAUAUAUAUAUAGCCUGAUAAACAACUUCUAUUAAAUCAAAUAUGUACCACAGUGUAUGUGUCUUUUGCGAGCUUCCAACAGGGAUGUAUCCUGUACCAUUCAUUAAACAUAGUUUAAAGGCUAUCACUAGUGCAUGUUAAUAUUGCCUAUGCUGCUCUAUUUUACUCAAUCCAUUCUUCACAAGUCUUGGUUAAAGAUUGUCACAUAUUGGUGAAAGAAUGAAUUCAACCUGCUAUCUGUCCACUAUGUCAAGCAGAGUAAUUUGAAGCUAUUUACAAACACCUUUACUUUUGCACUUUUAAUUCAACAUGAGUAUCAUAUGGUAUCUCUCUAGAUUUCAAGGAAACACACUGGAUACUGCCUACUGACAAAACCUAUUCUUCAUAUUUUGCUAAAAAUAUGUCUAAAACUUGUUUAAAUAUAAAUAAUGUAAAAAUAUAAUCAAUUUUAUUUGUCAGCAUUUUGUACAUAAGAAAAUUAUUUUCAGGUUGAUGACAUCACAAUUUAUUUUACUUUAUGCUUUUGCUUUUUAUUUUUAAUCACAAUUCCAAACUUUUGAAUCCAUAAGAUUUUUCAAUGGAUAAUUUCCUAAAAUAAAAGUUAGAUAAUGGGUUUUAUGGAUUUCUUUGUUAUAAUAUAUUUUCUACCAUUCCAAUAGGAGAUACAUUGGUCAAAAACUCAAACUUAGAUCAUUUUCUACCAACUGUGGUUGCCUCAAUAUAACCUUUUAUUCAUGGAAGUUUUUUUUUAUUCAACUUUUGUAGUAUUUACGUAUGCAGACUAGUCUUAUUUUUUUAAUUCCUGCUGCACUAAAACUAUUACAGAUAUAACAUGGACUUUGUUCUUUUUAGCCAUGAACAAAGUGGCAAAGUUGUGCAAUUACCUAACAUGAUAUCAAUUUUUGUUUUUUGCACAAACCAAAAGUUUAAUGUUAAUUCCUUUUACAAAACUAUUUACUGUUGUGUAUUGAUGAACUGCAUGCAGGGAAUUGCUAUUACUAAAAAGAAUGGUGAGCUACAUCAUUAUUGAGCCAAAAGAAUAAAUUUCAUUUUUUAUUGCAUUUCACUUAUUGGCCUCUGGGGUUUUUUGUUUUUGUUUUUUGCUGUUGGCAGUUUAAUAUAUAUAUAAUUAAUAAAACCUCUGCUUGAUCUGACAUUUGUAUACAUAAAAGUUUACAUGAAUUUUACAACAAACUAGUGCAUGAUUCACCAAGCAGUACUACAGAAUAAAGGCAAAUUAAAAGCAGCUUUGUGAACUUUUAUGUGUGCAAAGGAUCAAGUUCACAUGUUCCAACUUUCAGGUUUGAUAAUAAUAGUAACCACCUACAAUAGCUUUCAAUUUCAAAUAAUUCCCUUGGCUAUAAGCAUCUAAACUCAUCUUCUCUCAAUAUAAUUGAUACUAUCUCCUAAUUACUUGGUGGCUAAUAAAUGUUACAUUCUUUGUUACUUAAAUGCAUUAUAUAAACUCCUAUGUAUACAUAAGGUAUUAAUGAUAUAGUUAUUAAGAAUUUAUAUUAACUUUUUUUCAAGAACCCUUGGAUUUAUGUGAGGUCAAAACCAAACUUUUAUUCUCAGUGGAAAACUCCAGUUGUAAUGCAUAUUUUUAAAGACAAUUUGGAUCUAAAUAUGUAUUUCAUAAUUCUCCCAUAAUAAAUUAUAUAAGGUGGCU